UCAUGCGAGGGAUGCUUCUAGGCCUUUUUCCUGCCUGUCGAACGUUCUGUGUUGGAGGGUCAUGGGGGGUGCUGUCUUUUGCUCCACUUUGAGGCACCGCCCACCGCAGCCCCCACCGUCACGGCCUCUGCUCCCACGUGGCAGGGCCGCCCCCACUGCCCCAGGGCUGGGCACCCGCCCCGGGGGCACCCUCGGAGCCAGCCCUGUGGCCGAAGGCAUCCGGCCGUCGCCGCCCCUGGCCGGGACCCUCGGCGGACCCCGGUCUCUCCGGAGACGAGCCUUGAGCACCGAGCAGGUCCGUGCCCUGGAGGGCGUCUUCCGGCACCACCAUUACCUGGGCCCUCUGGAGCGGAAGAGGCUGGCCAGGGAGUUGCAGCUCUCAGAGGUCCAGGUAAAAAUGUGGUUUCAGAAUCGCCGGAUGAAGCACAAACAGGAGGUGCAGGAUGCCCAGCUCAACAGCUCCUUCUCGGGGUCUCUCCAUGUGCCCCCGGCUCGCCUGGCCAGUGGCCUGCAGCUGCUGUGCCCCUGGGCACCCCUGCCCAGGCCCCAGGCUCUGAUGCUGCCCCCAGGCUCCUUCUGGGGUCUCUGCCAAGUGGAACAAGAGGCCCUGGCCUCUGCCUGAGCUUCCUGCUGCGGGCAGCCCCUGGCAUACUACCCCCCAAGCCCAGGAUGUGGCGUGCAAACUCGGGGACCAGCCCUGUCCAUGGGGCCUUGGGGCCUGUGUGCUCUGCCUCAGACGGGGGAUGUGUUUUGAGGAAGUGCCUCCAACUCCACACCUAACACACGCUUGCACCUGGCACCUCCCUGGAGGACAGGGCUGCUCUGUUUACAUCAUGGUGGCACCUCUCACCCUGACCCACGCAAAGGUUCUGGAGAAUAUUAAAGCCACCUCUUGACUGAAAGAUUUCAAAAGGGUCAGUUUAGGAAGUAAAUGAAGGGUCACUGAAGAGUCAAAUGCAGCAGUGGGCUCCUUAUGGGUAGGGCUUUCAGCAUAUGGUAAAAGGAUAAUUUGUUUUUUAAAAAGUGUUGGAAAAACGGGUUUUCCAGUUAGAAAAAGUAAAGGUUGUAAGCUUUGUGUGUAAAAAAGCCACAGAGGAUUGGAAGUGGGUGCAGGUGUCACAUUUAUAACCUUGUGGUGAGUCCCUCUUCGCAAGGACCUCAAAGCUGGAAAGCCAGAGAGAGCAAAGGUGAAAGUGAAGGUGGGUGCUGGGGCCCCUCAGUGAGCUCUGGGCUGUGUGAGCCGGGACUGCACCUGCAGCCUGCUGGAGGCUGCUCUUCUCCGGCCGGGGAAAGCCAGCAGCCGGGACCUGCCGCCAUGCCUGGACUGAAGCUGUCCUGCUUGUCCCCACCCUCCAGCUGUGCUCGUCUGUCCCCCUCCUCACAGCAGCCUCGGGACAAAAUGACUCAAGGACAACACUUCCUGCAGAAAGUCUAGACGUGCCCAGCAUGGGAGGCACGGAAGCCUUCCCCGGGAGGACCGUCCCUCGUGGAUGGACCAUUCUGGGUGCAGACUCCUGACUGCACACACGACCUCAGACAAGCACGCAUCGGUCCACGUUGCCCUGGAGUGCCUCGGAGGCAGGCAGCACAGGCACCCAGGUGGACGGGUUCAGCCUGCCGGACUGCGUGGCGACCUGUGAAACCUACCCAGGCAUCCCACCAGAAACAACGUGGUCCUGUGGCCAUGUCCACGGCAAGUGCCACUUUCCCAUUGUGCAUUUCUGCAUUGCUGGAAGUGUUAGAACCAGCAUGUGCUUUUAUGAUAGAACCCCAGGAAAGAGCAGAAGAGCUGCUGUGCGUCCUGGACAAUGCUGAUGUGUGGCUGUGGUUGGAGCCACGUUGUCCGUGAUAAAAGCACAUUUGCGCAGCCCCGCCCUCAGGAAUCGCUUCCGGUCCCUGUGUGGCUCCAGCCACACACCAUUCGGCCUUGGUCCCUUAACUCCCCUGUGAGUACGGCCCUGAGUCAGUGAUGUCUUCAGGUCCUGCCACCACACUGGACCCUAUAAGGCAGCAGCCCCUCGGGGCUGAGCUGGGCCUUCCUAGGGCCUGGAUCGAUCCUGCAGAUGAGGAGCUCUGGAGGACAAAGUCCAGGAGGCAGAGGAGCGGGGUGGGCUCCACAUGUCCAGCAGGGACCCAGACCCUGAGUUCCGGGGGUCCACAAGGCCCUGGGACCUAGGGAGGGCUCUGCCACCCAGAAAUUACAAACCUCCCUUCCUGUUCCUCACCGGGCUGCAGUGGGAGUCAGCUUCGGGGAUGUAAAGAAGGUCCCACAAGUGCACACCCCUCACUGUCCCCACGAGCACAGCCGCCCCCACGAGCACAGUGCCCCAGUUGCUCUUUGCCCCACCGCACUCAACAUCCCCAUGUGGGCAUCUGACAGGCAUCGGGGUACCCUGACCUUACUCCUCUCCCAGUCUGCUUCUCUGCAGCCAGCCUGGUACCCUCACCCUUGCCCGUCCAUGUGCUGGGAGCAAGCCCAUCCCUCACUCACAGUGCCAACCUCCAGGCAGAUGUGAGGAGCCCAGACCGUGCUCCCAGGCACACUGGGGCAGAGGGCAGCUAGGCAGAGACACCUGCACAUCCCGGACAGAGACAGGACGUGUUGUGCGUGUAUGUGGGGUGGGGGGGACUGCCCAUGUGUCGAGUGUGUGCAUGUGGUGGGCUACUGUGUGCACACUGUGUGCAUUUGUAGUGAAUGUGUGCUGUGUUGUGUGUGUGUUGCACAUAUGUGUGCUGUGUGCAUGUUGUGUGUUUCCCCCAAGCCCUGGACUCCCUUUGUCACCUCCACCUUAUCCUCUGUAACCCAAGCAGCCAUCAGGACCAGGAGGCUGAGGGCCCAGGUGUGGGUCCCAUCAGGACAGAGAAGCUGAGGGCACAGGUGUGGGACCUGUCAGGAUGGGGAGGCUGAGGGCACAGGUGUGGGACCUGUCAGGACAGGAGGCUGAGGGCCCAGGUGUGGGACCUGUCAGGACAGAGAAGCUGAGGGCGAAGGUGUGGGACCUGUCAGGAUGGGGAGGCUGAGGGCACAGGUGUGGGACCUGUCAGGACAGGAGGCUGAGGGCCCAGGUGUGGGACCUGUCAGGACAGAGAAGCUGAGGGCGAAGGUGUGGGACCUGUCAGGAUGGGGAGGCUGAGGGCACAGGUGUGGGACCUGUCAGGACAGGAGGCUGAGGGCCCAGGUGUGGGUCCCAUCAGGACAGAGAAGCUGAGGGUGAAGGUGUGGGACCUGUCAGGACAGGAGGCUGAGGGCCCAGGUGUGGACAGGGAGCUCUGGCUGCCUGUGGACCAGCCCAGGGCUGUGCUGGAUGCCGCCAACCUUCCUGCUCACCCUCCUUUCCCUAUGAGCUGCUCGGCUGCCUGGGGACGAGGGUUAUGCCAGCUCCCUUCCCGAUGGACCAGGUUGGGGGUGCAGUCACUGUGAAAUUUCCCCGAACGGAAUCUCUGAGCCUCUGGCUGACAGGAACCCUCAGGGACCCAGUGGACUCAGCUGGGCUGCGGAAGCCUCCAGGACAGAGGGCGGGGUGGCCUUGAUGCAGAGGCCGGGAGACACAGCCGCAGGCGACCAAGAAGUGUGGGAAAAGCACAGCCCUGCGGAGCUGCUGGGGAAGAUUCCAAGGGGCUCACGGACGGUGCUGGGGAGGGGUCUGUGUCCCCAGGUGUGGACACCCUGUCUCCAGGGGCAGCACUCAGAGCCUCAGAUCUGAACCUGACAUUCAAAUAA